CUAGAGAAACAGACGGCACGUGAGUAAAGAGGCAACCCCCUCCCUUCCAGAGCUUCUCCAUUCUUCACCUUCUUUUUUUUUUUUUUUUGGCUAUAUAGACAUAGUUCGUUCUUCUUUUACAUUCCAGCCUUCAAGAAGUCGGGGUUCCUCUUUUGGUUUUUUUUUCUUCUUUCUAUCUCUGUUUAUUUUUCCUUUCUAAUUUGCCUAUACAAAUUCUUUAAUUCAUAUAUAUUUAUUGAGAGAGAGAGAAAGUAAGAUUUUUUCUUUUUCGGAAGGACAAAGAAACAAGAGGGAAAAUGUCAAAGAAGAAAGCUUUCAGUGGCAGCACUAUGACUUUGAAAGACUUUCAUGGCGGUUCAAUCCCAACUGAUCUCCCUCUCCCUUCUGCACCUGGCGUCAUUGUUAGGCCUACGGAUCGUUCUGGUUUCGAUAGAGCAACAUCCUGGGGAAACCCGAUAGGCCGGCCUGAUCACCGUCCCCGACCCAACUCGUCUCCCGCAACUAGGCAUUUGGAUGAUAAAACCCCAUUUCUUACCAAUUCAGUGCAUAUUGGUCGUAAUUUUGAUGAGGAUGAAAGGAAGCCAUUGGAUGGGGUUUCUGCCCCGCGUAGAACUAUUAGUGACGAGAGUUUUCGGGUUCCACCUAGUGGUGUGGAGCUGAAGCCGGAGUCUGCUUAUGCGGGGAGGGUGUCGGGUCGACAUGGGUCAGCUCCGGUAUCUCCAUUGUCGAGUGGAGCAGGGAAUUCAUACUCAAGUAGAUUGCCCGAGGCUGCUCAUGUUGGUGUGAGUUCUCAGAGUGCAGGGGGGAAUCACCGGCCGGCAGCUUCUGGGUCGUACCCUAAUGCAUGGGCAGCUAGGAAGGAGGUGUCUAUGAGUGUUGCUGAGCCUCCACAAUCUGCCUGGUCUGAACAAAGUGCUGUCUCAAAGCUGGCUCAUGCUAGCGCACUGGAAAAGGUUUCCUCAGGUAGAUGGCAGUCUAAGCAGUCUGUUCAAUACCAGAAAGAUGUUGAUGUUAGUAAACAUUCAGAAAUAGAAAAUGGUUUGCAAUCCCAGGGGUAUGAUGAUAAGAUGUACAGCAGAAUGAAUGCUAUGGGUGGGAGGGAAUAUUCUGAUGCAACAUUGGCAAGGCAUGUAGAAAGGGGUUUGAAUAUUGAAGAUGGAAUUCAGGGUGGUAGAAAGGACUUACCUGACUAUGAAAGGAACCAGGCUCCUAAUUAUUUGGAAGUUAAAGAAAGGAAAUCAGUAAUUUAUGGUGAAGGGAUUCAAUCAACUCGUUCAGAUGGCAAAUUUGUUGGUUCUGAAUUGCAGUCGUCACCGUCAGUGCCAUCGGAGGCAUAUGAGAGGCCCAAGUUGAAGUUACUUCCCCGGACUAAGCCAUUGGAUAAUCUAGAAUCACCUGUUAUUGAUUCUAAGCAGGGGCAUCAGUGGCUUAAUGAAUCUGUUGUUACCCACGUUGAAAUUGGUAAUGGUUCACAUGGAAAUGUGAAUACAUCAAAACCUGGUUUAGCUGGCAGUGAGAGUGGGAACCAGACAGUGGAGCGUCCAAAGCUCAAUUUAAAGCCACGUUCUCAGCCCGUUGAACAAUUGGAAGGCAACGCUGAGAAGGAAAGAAAUGCGUUGUUUGGUGGUGCUCGCCCACGAGAACUGGUUCUCAAGGAGAGAGGGAUUGAUGAUAGCAACCAAGAGCCAGGCCAACAUCCUGAUAGGGUCAAACAUAAUAUUCCACGGACUGAAAAAGUUGCUGAUCAGGCAGCUCCUCGCCAUGGUGAAAGAGUUGAGAAUCCUCCUGUUGAUCAAAGAGCUGGAAGAAAAUCGGAGAGGAAUCAUCAUGUCGAGAAUGAAAGAGUUGAUAUGCAGAGGAGGAAUUGGCGUAAUGACAAUCGGCGAAAUGGCAGGGAAACAGAAAGGCAGCCGCAGCAACAGCAGCAGCAACAGAGGCAGCCUUCACCUGAGACCUGGCGUAAGCCUGCUAAUCAGCCUAAACCAGUCUCUCCUGAAUCUGCUGGCGUGCGCUAUGGAAAAGCAGCAUCAGCCGUGGAGCUUGCCCAAGCCUUUUCGAAAUCAUUCUCAGAUCAGAAAACAGAUGAUCGCUAUGCUGGGCAAAGGGGCCUUCCUGGCCCGAACCCAAUGCCUUUUUCUCGGCUGAUGGGUCCAACUCCAAGGCCCCAGAUAAACGGCUACUAAAAUUUUGAGAGGCGUAUUGCCUUAUUCGCGGUGAGAAGAUUGUGUUACUGGUAAUUGGAUUUAUGCAGUUGCUGAUAUAAUUGUGCUGUCCUGUCUCAUGAGUAUCAUCACAACUCAUGAGUGCAUGCACCUGAAUUUUUUUUCUUUUUCCAUUUAAAAGAAUUUUUCAGGAGAACAAUUGGCAUAGGAAAUCAAUUGCUAUGUCUUCUUUUUUGCGAUUCUCAACUUUUACUCGUUUUAACCAAGCUGAAA